AUGCCUUGCCAAUGUUCACUUAUAACCUGCCUCUGUGGAGGCCAGUCUUCCUCGGAUUCUGACGAGGGCAAUCAAUCAGUCUCACAAACCAACUUGACCGAACUCCAGACCGGUCCGCGAGACGUCGCCAUGGAUGCUUCCUGGUUGCGCGAUCGUGGAUCCCAACUAGUCCACUGGAUUGACAACGCUACCGAGCCCGGAUGCCCUGUCUCGAAAAACACCCAGUCAAGCAACCUUCUCCGCCGACACGGUAUACAAGUGGUUGAGACCCGGCUAUCGGGGAACCUGUCCGAUAUCGAACAAGAGCUAAUCUUACCACUACUUAGGGAAAUGCCUCGAAUCGCAGGGGACUACAAAAAAUACACAAUCUCCAUGAGACACUCUUCCUGGCAUGGGUACAUCUCGCCAAAUAUCAUCGCCGCGACACUGAUCACUCGGAAAGCAGGUUCUACAGACCCUCACACUUCGGAUAUCGCGCUUGCCAUGUUCACUCGGCACCAUGACCUGGGAGGCUUGAGGUAUGUCUUUGCUGAGACCGUUACUAACCGGCAAACCAACGCUUACAUUAAGCAGAUUCUUUUUCCUGGUGAGAUUUGGCCCCCGGCCCAGCCGCGGCUUUGGGCAUAUGGAACCCGACAAUAUGAUGAGAUCAUGGGUACUCGUAUUGGGAGGACUGUUGGAUAUUUUGUUCUGGCGGGAUAUAAUAGAGGGACGACUCGUAUUACUGGUAUCCUUGCCUAUAGCUCUAGCAGUGCUGGUCCCUUGAUGCUUCGCUUCGAUAUUGGGCGUAGACGUUGA